CUUCUUGAGUCUGACUUUCACCAGACAAGCCUCCAUCACACUUCUUGCUCAGUCAAGUCCAGGGAUAAACAAACGUACGGAAGGUUUACGAGUCAUCUGCAAAUAAUUACACACUUCGUCUACGAGUGUAACGUUUUGCUAACAGGAAUCCAGAGUCACACUGUUCCUAAAUCAGAAAAUGGCAUGAGACAGACAUGGCUCCAGUGGGUGUACCUGCUCUCCUGAUGUUGGCAGCUCUGGGUCUGCUGAUCAUCUUGCCCUCAUGCCUCUAUGCGUGUCCGAGGUCCUGCAGUUGCCCGAGCCCUAAGGAGGUGCACUGUACCUUUCGUCACCUUCCCACUGCCCCACGAAACCUACCACAGGACACAGAGAGACUCAACCUAGGCUAUAACAGCAUUGGGACAGUUGGGUCUUCAGAUUUUGUCAACCUACGAAAAUUGGAAAUGCUUAUGCUUCAUGGAAACGACAUCUCCUCUGUUUCUUCCGGAUCCUUUUACCACCUCCGGUCCCUGCAGAUACUCAAGUUGAGCUACAACAAACUGAAAAGAGUUGACCCCAGCUUAUUUGAGGGCUUGACUAGCCUCGUACGGCUUCAUUUAGACCACAAUCUCAUUGACUUCAUUGAGCCUUUUUCAUUUAAUGGACUCACAUCAUUAAAGCUAUUGCAACUGGAGGGGAACCGACUGCAGGACCUCCAUUCUCACACAUUUAUUACAGUCUCAGUUCUGGGAACAUUUUGGAGCUCAGGACUGCGGCACCUGCACUUGGCAGACAAUCAGCUAGAAUACUUACUGCCUGGAACUCUGCAGCACUUAAACAGGCUGGAAGUCCUCUCCCUGCAUGGAAACCCCUGGGCUUGUGAUUGCCACUUACAUUGGCUCUUGGAGUGGAACAAGAAUCAUGAUGGAGUUAUUAAGUGCAAAAAGGACCGUGAUACUGGAGAUGCAGGCAACUGUGCUGCAUGUGCCUCACCACUGCCUUUAAACAACAGCCAGAUCUUGCAGUUUUCGACCAAUCAACUCACAUGUGACCAACCCUCCCUUCAAUCCCCUUUAAAAAUUGGGGAGAGUAACAUGGGGGAAGAUCAGGAGCCAGAUGCCCCCUACAUCAAAGACCUGGAGCAUCCUCUUGGCCACCUGACCUUCAUUCUUUCUGACAGCCAUGGGAAUCGGGCACAUGUGGCUUGUAAUGUAACCCGUCCUGUUGAAGGCACCACCAUUGUAUGGGAACCAGUUAGGAAAACAGAUGAGAUUGCUGUAAAUGUUACUUUACGAACACUGCUGGAGUGUGAGAUCGAUAGAGAUGCUCUUCAGAACCUGUGGCGGUUGAUUGCUUAUUACUACGAGAGUCCAGCCAUUUUGGAACGGGGAACCAGUCUUGGGAAUUCUUCCAAGGUGACUUUUCAGUACUCUCAAGCCACAAGUGAGGAAUCGCCAUAUUUCACUGAGCUCAAAGGACACUUGAUGGCUGAACCAGCCUGGCUAUUGCAACCAAGGGUCACUCUUCAGUUGAACAGACGCAAAACUACAACCAAGAAGCUGGUGUUGAACUUCUCCACUUUCAUUUCAAAACAACUCAUUGGAAGAGGGGAUGAGGAGGAUGUAACCUCAUCCUGGGCUAUGAUCCAAAGAGGAGCCCCAGGGAGAAUCCAGUCAGUUCUAGAACAUUCUGAGGUCAGUCUGGAUUGUAGCGUGCUCAGCUCAGGGCAUCACCCUGUGGAGUGGAUGCUUCCAGACUUAACACCGAUCGAUCAAACUGAUUCCCAUAAUUUAAGGUUGGAGAAUCACAGGCUAGUUAUCAAAAACACAAGUAUAGCAGACUCUGGACUUUAUCAUUGCUUUGUGAGGACUGACACUAAUGUGGACAUAGUCUCCUACAGACUCACAGUCAGGAUGCGCCUCUUGAGUCCCAGUGAUUUAAAUGGAAAAAAGAUAUCCGUGGAAAAGGGGGGCACUCUUAAUCUUCCCUGCUUAGUAACAUCUCCUAAUCCAAUUGAGACAAAAUGGUACCUACCAAACAAUCAGAUUCUCAAAGCAUCAGACAGACAAGGAAAUGUGCAAGUAUCACAGAACAACACUUUGAUAAUCAAAACAGUGACACACGAGGAUGCCGGAGAGUACAGCUGUUUAGCCGCUAACCUGUAUGGAGCUGAUAUGUUGUCUCAUCUAAUUGUUGUUACUGGUGAAAAAGAAGAAAAACAAAGAGGUGUUUUGGUUUCCAAGGGCGAAGUACCACUUUUUGAAAGUGAGGGAAGUGAGGGGUCAGGUUAUGAAGAAAUCAAAGGACCAACAGCUAAGCUCACACCUCAAAAGGUUGAUGGAAAACACAGAGGUGGCAUUAUCCGACAAAAUGCAAAAGGGAAGAAAGCCAAGGAAAGUGUAAGAAAACCAAAUAACUCUGUCAAGGAGCUUGACCCUAGCCGCUGGGAGCAGAUUGUUGCAAAAGCUAAUGCUAAACUCUCAACUGUUCUGCCACAUCUAGAAAAUGUAAUAACAACAACCACCAUCUCUUCGUCAGCCAUUCAAACUACUAAAACAGAUGUUUCUGCUAGUGGUGCCAGUACAACUUCAAGCCUACAACGUUUCAAUGUGAAACAGCUGGAACCGGCACCCCACAGUGAGCAUGUAAAACAAGAAACUACACAUGGAGAAGAAUCAAAACAGAAAAUAGAUGAUUCCAACAAUUCAGAUUUGACAACAGCAGUGCGUGAACAUGAGACACAGCUGGUGAAACAGGUAGACAGACACACAAUAGAAGAGAAAAUAAGGGCUAACAAUAAUUCCAUCUGGAACCAAAGGCGAAGAUUACCUUAUAGGCAACGCAGACCUUUACCACGUAGACCACUUCCAAAGAGACCAAAUUUCACUGCAACACCCACUACAACAGUGUCAUUUACUCGAUCUCCAGUCAAUAAUAUAACAAUGACCACUAACUCUUAUUCUCCAGCACAAUACAAAGAUUUAACAGCACCAGUCACUCCUGCACAUUACCCUGUAACUGAAAGCUUAGUCGUGGCAGUCACAGAGAAUACCCUUAAAGUGCCAAAAACAACAAGAACAGAUGGGAAGCUUAAUGAAUUUGAAAGCAAAACAAAACACAUUGCUUGGGUUCAGCACAUUAGUACAACAUCUGUACAAGAAACUAAAGUAUUUCCUGUUACACAUGCCCCCAGACAUUUCAACAGGUAUGAACAUGAAAAUAGAGAGAUCAUUUUGAGAAUUAACAGCCAAACAAAUGAUGAUAAGAUGAGGGAGAUUUCAGCAACAGCCACCCCUAAUCUUCAGAUCAGCAACAUAAAUCCUCCAGAAACAAAAACUGCACAUACAACUAAGAAACCAACACUAACCAAUGUGGACCGGCAGAGUGUUUACAACUGGGGAUUGCAUCCUGAAGGUGUACCUAUCCACCCCUGGCUAAUCCAAAAGAAUACACUCAAAAAAGAAAUCGCAAUUACACCUCAUCCCUUCACACAGUCUUCUUUCUUGGCCAAAAACAAUGUCAUCCCCUUCUGGCCCACAGUUCAAAGCUCAAGGCACCACCAUUCCCAAGACAAAUCUUGGUAUUUCCUACAAACAGGAGGCAGGGGCGCAGGGGUCACCAAUCAGCCUCAAAUUAGUGCUCAAACAGUAAAGCCCACAGCUUACAUUUCAGGGUCAGUGACAGCUUCCUUUCCAAGGACCAUAGCUCCACAUGUCAGCUCAUCUCGUGUACGAGAUCAGUUACUUUUCAACAGGCUCAGAAACAGAUACAGACAAACACAGCUUGAUGCAUAUCGAUUAGCCCAGCUGGCAAAGCUUGCAACUUCUAAACCAAGGAUUUAUCAUCCCACUCCUCAACCUAACCAAGCUCCAAAUGUCCCAAACAUCUACAAAAAGGUGACUCCUCCAUCCAUCCUAGCAUAUACGAACAAACCACCCCCCACUGCUAGCAUACCACAUGGUGAUCGCUGGCAUUACAGUCAUUUUGGAGCAAAGAAACUGAGCACUGCCAUACCUUUUCCAAACCUGAUGGGCAGUGGUGUCAAACCCAGGAUCACAGCACCUGAAUCUGCAACUGUAUCUGCUCUAGCAGAGGGAGAUGUGCUCUUGUCCUGUAGAUCAUCUGGAGACCCCAAACCUGUUGUUUCAUGGACCAAAGUUUCAACAGGUGCAACUAUUCAGAGCAACACAAAAUUUGGACAAAGAUUUGAGGUCCUUUUAAAUGGUACUUUCGUGAUUAAGAAUGUCCAGCUGCAAGACAGAGGCCAGUACCUUUGCACAGCUCAAAACAAAUUUGGCUCAGACCGCAUGGUAGUUACACUAGUUGUCCAGACUCAGCCACCAAAAAUCAUUAGUUCAAGUCCCAGAGAUGUCUCAGUGUUUUUGGGAAACCCUGUCAACUUAGACUGUAUUGCAGUGGGCAAACCAGAAGCCCAGAUUUCAUGGAUUCUUCCAGACAGGACGUUUGUGCGAGACAUUGGUACCUUUGACCGAAAAGUAUCCCUUUUUCCAAAUGGAACGCUGAGCAUUCAUUCAGCAAACUUUUCAAAUAAAGGUGAUUAUAAGUGCAUUGCCAGCAAUGCAGCGGGAGCUGACACACUCACAUACCACAUUCGUGUUUCAGCUCUACCUCCAAUAAUUGUUGAGGUUCCAUAUGAGACUAUAUUUAUGAAUGUGGGAAGAAAUGUUUACAUGGAUUGCAUUGCUAAAGGAGAGCCACUUCCUCUUAUUAAGUGGGUUCUCCCUGAUGGUUCAGAAAUGAAGCCCACACAGUUCAUUGGAAGCCGGAUAUUUAUCUUCCCAAAUGGAACACUCUAUAUAAAGAAUGUCAUUCCCAAUGACUCAGGGAAAUAUGAAUGCUCAGCAACCAACCCAGUUGGCUUUGCUAAAAGGACGGUGCAGAUGGAUGUUAGACAAGAGGCUCCAGGCCCCUGGAAAGGCUUACACCAACAUCAUAGUGUCACAGCAACAUAUGGAUCCACAGUUUUCUUGUAUUGUCCAGAGUCCAUAGGUUCCCAGAGAGGUACAGUCUGGAGACUGCCAUCUAAAACCAUACUGGAGCAUCAGUACAGUCCACAAAGACACAUCACUGCUUUUCCCAACGGCACUCUGAGGAUUCUGAGACUGACUGAGAAAGAUGGAGGUAAUUAUUUGUGCAUGUACCAAAGACCAAAUGGUGAGGACAUGGAACUGUUCCAAGUAGAGGUUCUCAUGAGGCCCCCAAAGAUUGAGAACGCUGGGGCACAACAUAAAAGAGUUGCUAAUGGAGACAACUUUCUAGUGGACUGUAUCGCCUCUGGCCUUCCAGACCCUGAGGUUUCAUGGAGCCUCCCAGAUGGCACCAUGAUCAACAAUGCCCUUCAGUCAGAUGACAAUGGAUCCCGUAACCGGCGCUAUAUCAUCUUUGGGAAUGGUACGCUUUUGUUGCAACAAAUGGGAAAGAAGGAUGAAGGCAAUUAUACAUGCUACGCUAAGAAUACACUGGGAGAGGACGCAAUGAAAGUAAGUGUCCAAGUGAUGACAACCCCACCCCAAUUAUCCACUAAAGAACCGGAAACCCUUCGGGUCCCAUUUGGGCAAUCAACCCAAAUAAAGUGUGAUGCUCCAGGUGUUCUACCACAUACAAUUAUCUGGAUAUCACCAAGGAAUGAGAUAAUUACCUCAUCUUCGGUCAAAUACCAAAUUCUAAAUGAUGGGACUCUAAUCAUAAAAAAACUGACUUUGACUGACCAGGGAAAGUAUGCUUGUGUGGCACAGAACCCUGCUGGAGCAAACAUUGGGAAUGUAAAUCUCCUAGUUGAGGUUAAAAAACCGCAAAUCAACAGACAAAGUGGGCAAUCUGUAAGCAAAGUUUUAGCUGUGUAUUUCCAGACCCUUCUGCUAGACUGCAAGGCAGAGGGAAUGCCUGAUCCACAGAUCACCUGGACCACACCUUAUGGCAUGUCUCUACCUACUCCAUAUUUGGGAGGCAGAUUCCAAGUUCACAAAAAUGGUACUCUUGAAUUGAGGGGCAUUCGAAAGACCGAUGAAGGUCGGUUUCUGUGCAUAGCCAAGAAUUACUUGGGGGAAGCAAGCCUAGUGAUUGACCUGGAAGUUGCAUCACUUGCUGAAAAGCCAAGUUUUACGGUGCCAAACAUUGAGGUUCUUCCUCUCAAACCAGAUGGAGAUGACAUCUUUCUGGAAUGUCGUGUAACAGGAAAACCAAAGCCAGAGAUUCUCUGGAUUCUACCCAAUGGAACAGUGCUGAAUCCAGGAAUGAAGCUUCAUCGGUUCACUCACUACAUGGAAAACGGAACUUUACACAUUAUGCUGCCAGGUGUCAUUGACAAAGGUGUAUAUCGAUGCCUGGCCAAAAAUGUUGCUGGACUAGCAGAAAAGCGCUAUUCUUUAGAACUUGGACAGAAGCCUCAGAUUAGAAGUACAGCUGCUACAAUGAAAAUUUCAUUUGGGCAGACACUAAAUAUGCCAUGCAAUGCUGAUGGUUAUCCUCAGGCAACAAUUACCUGGACUCUUCCUAAUGGCCUGGUCUUAGACAAGCCUCAGGCUAUUGGAAGAGUACUGUAUUUAUCUAAUGGCACACUUCAAAUAAAAGAAACUUCCAAACUUGACAGAGGAACGUAUACCUGCAAAGCCAAAAAUACAUUUGGAUUAUCAACCUUGUCCUAUCCAGUGAGUAUCAUGGUGUUUCCGCCUCAAAUCACUCAUGCUCCACCUUCAAUAACUAGAGUUAACAAGGGCUCUCCUGUGGUUUUGAACUGUAUUGCUGCUGGCAUACCUAAACCAGACAUUUCUUGGACUCUUCCUGGACGUACCACGCUUGUACCUAAUAAUCGCUUCACAACACCAGGUGGAAUUCACAUGACUGAAGAGGGAAGUUUGGUCAUUCAGGACCCAGGCCUCAUGAACUCAGGGAUUUAUAAAUGUAAUGCUAGAAAUGCCUUGGGAACAGACUUCAAAGCAACAUACCUUCAAGUGAUCUGAGCAGCAUACUGAAAUCCUAUCGGCCAAGUAGCAUUAAGCUUAACAAUUAAAAGAAAAUGAACAGGUAGCUUUCUAAAAUAAACUGUAUGUACAAUACCCCCAGCAAUGUUGUUAAAGAGUACUUUUCCACCAACAAUGGGUGUUAGUUUGUUUCUGCCCAUUCAGUGACCCAAGGAUGAGAUUUCUUUAGUAAUCUGUAUUUAAUUUAUGAAAAAUUUGUUUGUACAUAUUUAUAUAUUCCA